ACAUACCGUAUGUCGUAUGGGGUGUAACUCGGGGGGAGGAAAAACACCACGAGGUUAGCAUCAGGCUCAGAAGUUCAAACCUUUCAGCCCUAUCAACUCCCUUGGAGACUUUCCGCUGAGUUUAGGCACUCACGCUUUUCUCUCCGAGUAUGUUUCUGAGAUUGUUCAUUCAUAGCGACCAUCCACAUGUUGCCGAGGUGAAAGUGGCCGAGAUGUAUCCGCAAGACUGAUGAGUAUAUAUUUGGCAGAACCAGCAGUAUUGAGCAAACAAAGUCAUCAGUACACAUCCAUUCGUCUCAUUAUCAACCAGAGCGGCUUUUCUUCACUCUCCAGGCCCAACGACCUUGAACAAACGAGCAACCUCUUCACGAAACUGCCACUGCCUCGGAUCAUUUACCCCUGAGUCAACAUGUCUGCUCCCUCUGACCACCACCACCACCACCACCAUGACCAUCACCACCAUGGAAAUGGGGCCUCUGCCACAGAGGAAAACCAGGAGUAUUUCAACAAGCUGGCCGCGGAGUACGACUCCAGGCACGAGAAGACGCUGGGCAAGCUGAUUGAGGAAAUCCGGGCGAGGGUCGAUUUCAUCGGCGUCGACUGGGCGGAUGAGGACGACGAGGACAACAACGGCGGCGACGGUGGGGAGAAGAAGGAUGUGACGGCGAAGAAGAGCGUAAGGCUGUUGGAUUACGCCUGCGGGACUGGUGUUGUAUCUAGGGCACUCGCCCCUUAUACUACCCAAUGUGUUGGCAUUGAUCUGUCAGAGAACAUGGUUGCUGCCUACAAUACUCGGGCCGAGAAUCAAGGUCUCGCCGCCUCCGAAAUGCACGCCUACCAGGGCAACAUCUGCGACCCCGACGAGCCCAACCCAGAAGCCCUCGCCUCGGCCGAGUUCUCCGAAUUCGACAUCGCCGCCGUAGGCCUCGGGUUCCACCACUUUGACGACCCGUCCCUGGCGGCCCGGCGGCUUGCCGAGCGGCUCAAGACGGGCGGCGUGCUGAUGAUUCUGGAUUUCUUGCCGCAUGGCAAGAUGGGUGACUCGCACCCUGCCCUGUCGACCGUCACACACCACGGCUUCUCGGAGGAGCACAUCAGGCGGAUCUACGAGGAGGCGGGGGUGGGCAAGGACUUUGGGCUCGAGGAGAUGGCGGUGGUGUUCAACUUUUCAAAGGAGAAGAAUGAUGAAGUGCGGCGGAAGAUCUUCAUCGCGCGCGGCACCAAGGCUUGACUGGGGUUCCGGCCACGGUUGUAGGAAGAGGAGGGGUUGAUCGGGGAGAUGGGUAGAUUGUCGGAAUUUGGAGAAUAGACUCGUUCUUGGACCUAGAUUUAGGAAAUACGUGAUUGUCUCUUCAUGGGUCUGUCGAAGAAAACAAUGUGUUCGCCAUGGAUACUGUAUCUAUGUGCUCUAUUUUACCUAAGAAGCAUCACGGACCUGGCCUAAGAGACCCAAGUCACUAGGUAGUCACAACCUCACUCUUUAGUCCUCUCCUUCACCUCUACAGUGCACG